AUGCUGGGCGACUCUCAGGUUCCAUUAGCCGGGGGCGGCGAGUCUCUCCCUUCUCUCAUUGCGGGAGGAGAGGCCGCGAUAGUAGCGCCCGGAAACCUCACGGAGAAGCUGGAAGGACUGGCUCAUGCGCCACAGUGCGAGUUGCUGGGCGAGUUCGGCGGCUUCGGGUGGUGGCUACAGGGGAUCCUCGGAAUUCUCUCCUUUUCCUCUCUUCUCAUCAAGCGCUGGCAGGAGUCCCCGCAGCGACCUUUGAAGGUUUUCAUAUUCGAUACGCUCAAGCAGGUCACGGGGUCCGGCGCCCUGCAUAUGAUGAAUCUUCUCUGCGCGUCCCUCCUAGCCACUUUCUUGAGCCAGGACUCCGAUCCCUGCGAGUGGUACUGGCUGAACAUCAUGGUCGACACAACGCUGGGGGUCUACGUGCUUCACCUCGUUGUCGAGUGGAGCAAGAAGUACUUGAAGCUGCAUGGAAGAAACGCAUUCGGCUACUACGGCAACCCCCCUUCGUGGCGCGCCUGCUUGCGACAGGUCCUAGUCUGGCAAGCGAUGGUCUCCGUCAUGAAGUUCCUCAUGGUCGUCGUCAUGAUUCUCGGUCAGCAGCCCCUUGCGUGGGCAGCGGGGGCGCUUCUAAAGUCACUCGAUGAUCAGCCGCAUGCGAAGCUGGUUGUCGUCAUGAUUAUUACGCCCUUAACGAUGAAUUCCUUGCAGUAUUGGGUGACCGAUAAUAUUAUCAAGCUCCAGGGCACUGGACAUCGGGUGGAGUCCACCGAAAGACCGCAUUCGCGCAGCACGUACCACCCGGUAGAUGCUCUUGCCAGCGGCGAUGACGAGAGUCGCCCCGCGUGUCAAGACAUCUGUCUUGAGCAGAAAGCCUGA